AUGGCCGGUCGUACAGCUGUGAUAUCUGGCUCGUCCAAAGGCAUCGGAGCAGGCAUCGCCAAGGAACUGUCCAACCGCGGGGCAAAUAUCGUCCUCAACUACCCCUUUCCGUCCCUGGAAGAUGAGUGUGAAUCCGUGGGCAGAACCCUCAAGACAGAUUGGAUUGCUGUUUGUGCAGACCUCGCUUCACAUAGCGGUCCAUCAGACUUGGUGCAGCAGGCGGUAGCCAGGUUCGGUCACAUCGACAUCCUCGUCAGCAACGCCGGCUACGUGCCCAUCGCGCCUCUCUGGGACGCCACACUGAGCAUGUGGGAUCGCGCCAUGGACCUUAACGCACGCGGUGCCUUCGCACUGGUCAAGGCGUCGCUGCCACACCUGACUCCGUACAAGCCCGCCGAGCCGCCGAACAUGUCUGGCGCAGUUGGUGGCUCGCGGAUUGUUAUUGUCGGCUCAGCUGCUUCGCGCGUGCCAAAGGCAGGCCAGGGGAUCUAUGCGGCAACGAAAGGGGCUCUCGAUUCUAUUUUACGCGUUUGGGCGAAGGAGUUACCGCCGAGGUACGGCUGCACCGUCAACAUGGUGGCUCCGGGACCGGUGUUGACGGAGAGCUUUCUGGAGCAUUUCACUGAUGAGGAAUGGGACAAGGUGCGAGAGGUGUUGAUCAGGGACACGCCGGUGGAGGGCGGUGCGGCGUCUGUGGAGGAUGUUGCCUGGGCUGUGGCUUUUCUCGCGGAGGAAAGGUCCCGCUUCAUCAAUGGCGAGUUUAUGCUUCUGUCUGGAGGAGUGUCAAUGACGUGA